GUUAUGAAUCACUGUUGACACAACUCAAGGUUCGUGUAGAACAUGUUAACAGGGGCAACACCCUUGCAAAGCGCAGAGCUCCAAAGUGAGAUAAUGAAUCUCUUACACUCAAGAGAAGACCAGUGGACAGUUACGGAUGUUUACGGUGGCAACCAGAAAUUCCCCCAGAGGAAACAGAAGCAGGGAUGGAAGAGAAGAGGCUACGGAUGGCUGAACUUCAUUCAGAGUGUGGUUCAGCUGCUGCUGAUAAAGCUGAAGUCGACAGUCUCCUGAAGAGCACCUACUGCUUGCAGCGUAGGACAAUUAAUGCUGAUCCAGCUCCUGCCAUAAGAGAUCUCCGAGCACAGUGGCCGUUGUUAUUUGUGCAGAAGUCUUUAUAUUCACAUUUUGAGCUGCUUACCGGUGUCCCCAUCAGAAAAAUGGAGCAAGCAGUUGAGGAAAGAGGCAGACUAAUUAUUGACUACUUCAAGAGCAAAGCAACCAAUGAUGUUGUUAAGAAAGUCCUUGGCACACAUGGAGAAGAAGAGGUUGCAGCUCUCAUCAUUGAACUGCUCAUGGCACAUUUUAAGGAAAAAACAGAGGACCUCAUACUUAAGACAGAGGAGACAGCUAGUGCUGCUAACAUUGAAAGGACCCUUGACCUGGCAGAGAGCCCACGGUUGAUCAUUCUUGGUGAAAGGCUUAGUGGACAGAAAUGGAUGGUUGGAAUUGAAGGCCAGGUGGUGUGUGAAGGGGUGCAGCCCACAUUUUCAUCUGGACUGGCAGCACUCUUUGUGUGCUAUUACAACUUUAACCUCCAGUAUCAAGAGGGUGCUGCCUGUACUCUUGAAUUCAUACAAAGAAAUUUCUUCAGGAUCAACCCAGAGAGAGGAUCAAAGGCAGGCAGAGGCAAAGUAAUACGCAAGAGAACUGGGCAGCUAGUUCAGAAAAAGGCUUUGGCCAUCAAUCCACAUGUUUGUUCCCUGAUGAAGAAGCUUACAGAAUUUGAGUGGGACUUCAUCUGAGGUACCUGUUGCUACU